AUGUGCAGGCAGGGUUCUCUCGGUUCUCAUCGAAGGCCAAAAUCUAGCAUGGAGAAGACAACAGCUUCCUCUUGCAGCAAGGCCGCAACUUCGUCUUCUCCAACCAAGUCGCAGUUCUGGACGUCGGGUCCAACUUGGAGACGAGCAGCACUGAAUACUCUCCGAUGCCUGGCUGGCUGCACCGUUGGCGACUUUUCGGCCAUGUGGUACCUCCAAGCAUUCCACCCAGCGAUUGGAAUGGAGGCAAUCAUGGUCAUCUCAAUGGCUGCCGGCAUAUCCUCGUCCAUGCUGUUAGAAACAGCUCUACUACGAUUCGGCCGCGACCGCCUUCCUUGGGUGGCCGCUGCCAAAACAGCAGGGGGAAUGAGCAUCAUCUCCAUGGUGACCAUGGAGCUAGCUGAAAAUACUGUCGAUUAUCAUCUAACCGGAGGACUCGUUCAGUUUGAUUCUCCAGCAUUCUGGGCCGCUGCUGUGCUUUCGGUAUCUACUGGAUUCAUCGCCCCUCUGCCAUACAACUAUCUACGUCUGAGAAAAUAUAGCAAAGCCUGCCAUUAA